AUGGGUUCCAAGGAAGUAGCCAAUAAGCCAGUACAUGUUGUUUGCAUUCCAGUUCCAGCUCAAAGCCAUACAAAGGCAAUGCUCAAAUUAGCAAAACUCCUCCACCAUAGAGGUUUGCAUAUCACCUUUGUCAACACAGAGUUCAAUCACAAGAGGUUCCUCAAGUCUCUAGGACCCAACUCCCUCGACGGCUUGCCUAGUUUCAGAUUCGAAACCAUACCAGAUGGCCUUCCAAGUUCAGAUGAAGAUAUCACUCAAGACCAGCUCUUGCUUGGUGAGUCAAUCAUAAAUAAUUUACUGGCUCCAUUUCGAGACCUCCUCAGAAAACUGAAUCACACAGCAACUCUUGACAAUCCUCCGGUGACUCACAUCCUUUCGGAUGGUUUGAUGACGUUCGCGAUCACAGCAGCAGAAGAAAUUGGAAUCCCUGUAGUACUUAUGUUUAGUAUUUCUGCAAGCAGCUUCAUGGGGUAUAAACAAUAUCCCACUUUGCUUGAAAAAGGACUUGCUACUCAAAGGUAUGAGAGCUGCUUAACAAAUGGCUUUCUGGACAAGGUGAUAGAUUGGAUUCCAGGAAUGAACGGCAUCCGGUUACGGGAUCUCCCACACAACUUUAUGACCACAAAUCCAAAUGAUAUCUUCUGGAAUUACUGCUUGGAACAAGAUGUUUUGGAUGCUCUCUCAUCCAUGCUUCCACUUGUUUAUGCAAUUGGCCCUCUCCAAUUACUUCUCAAUCAGAUACCAGAGAACCCUUUGAAUGCCAUGGGAUAUAGCCUAUGGAAAGAAGAAACUCAGAGCCUCAAAUGGCUAGAUUCUAAGGCCCCAAAUUCAGUUGUUUAUGUGAGUUUUGGCAGCUCAGCUGUCAUAACACCCGAACAGCUUGUAGAGUUUGGUUGGGGACUAGCAACUAGCAAGCUUCCAUUCUUUUGGGUAAUUAGACCUGAUCUCGUUGUUGGCGAGUCGGCAAUUUUGCCGCCUGAGUUUGUGGAUGAAACUAAGGAAAGAGGUCUAAUAGCAAGUUGGUGUCCACAAGAGCAAGUCCUUAAGCAUUCAUCAGUUGGAGGGUUUUUGACACAUAGCGGUUGGAGUUCAACCAUUGAGAGUCUAUGUGCAGGUGUGCCUAUGCUGUGCUGGCCAUGCUCUACUGACCAGCCAACAAACUGUUACUAUGCCUGUAAUGAAUGGGAUAUUGGAAUGGAGAUUGGUAAAGAUGUCAAGAGAGAGCAAGUGGAGAAGCUUGUUAAAGAGUUAAUGGAGGGAGAGAAAGGUAAGCAAAUGAAAAACAAGGUCAUGCAGUGGAAGAAACUAGCAGAAGAAGCCACUAGUCCACAUGGUUCCUCAUCCUUAAACUUGGACAAUUUUGUGAAUCAAGUGCUAUUAAGAAAAACUAGAUGUUAA